AUGAAGCCUCAUACUUACCAGUUCCUCGUCGGCGUCUUCGCCUCGAUGGGCUCGGUGCUCUUCGGUUACGACCUCGGUGUCAUCGCGGGUGUCGUAGGAAGUACCUCGUACGCCGAACUAUUCCAAUCAAACGCAGCUCAAGAUGGAGCCGUCGUCUCUCUAUUCACAGGUGGUGCUUUCUUCGGCGCCAUGUUCGCGGGGCCGGCGGGUGAUAUGCUCGGCCGGAGACUGACUAUCAUGCUGGGCGCUAUUAUCUUCCUUCUCGGAGGUGCAAUCCAGACUGCUGCGCAGACGAUAAAUUUCCUGUACGGCGGGCGGGCCAUUGCUGGUUUGGGUGUUGGGUUCUUGACUAUGAUUAUUCGUGAGUUUUCGUCUCGGAGAUAUGCCGUCUACCAAAGCGAAAUAGCACACCCCUCCAUCCGCGGCCGCGUCACGGGCCUACAACAAUUCAUGCUGGGCAUCGGUGCCUUCCUCGCCGGCUGGAUCUCCUGGGGCUGCUUCAUCAACCUGAGCAACGACGCGCAAUGGCGUAUCCCGCUCGGUAUCCAGAACCUGCCCGCUUUAGUCCUAGCCGCGCUCAUCCUACUGUUCCCCGAGAGUCCACGCUGGCUCGUCGACCACGACCGCGCCGAGGAGGGCCUGCGCACCCUGGCCAAGCUCCACUCCAACGGCGAUGUAAACGACCCCUGGGUCCGGGCGGAGUUCGCUCAGAUCCAGGAGACGAUUAGCUUUGAGCAUGAGCACGAGGCGAAGAGUUAUAUGGAACUUUUCACGAAUCCCUCCGCGUUCCGCCGCCUCUUCCUCGCCUGCGCUAUCCAAGGCGCGACGCAGAUGACGGGCGUAUCCGCGAUCCAGUAUUUCUCCGUCACAAUCUUCGCACAGAUCGGCAUAUCUGCCGACGACGCGCUCAAGUAUCAGGCCAUCAACAGCAUCCUUGCACUAAUCGCGCAAGCCUUUUGUAUGCUACUCAUUGACAAGUUCGGCCGUCGACCGACUAUAAUCGCCGGUAACCUCGUCAACUGCCUUAUGUUCAUCAUCGUCACCAUAUUGCUAUCCCAGUUCCCGCCAGAUACAAAUUCUGGGAGUACUGCCGGUUGGGGGUUCAUUAUUGUCACCUGGCUCUUCAACAUAUCCUUCUCCUUCGCCUGCGGUCCACUCUCCUGGAUCAUUCCCGCCGAGAUCUUCGACACGCACACGCGCUCCAAGGGCGUAUCUCUCGCCACUAUGAUAAGUUUUGCUUUUAACACUCUCAUCGGACAAAUAACCAAGGUAGCCAUCGAUUCUGUCGGCUGGCGGUAUUUUAUCCUGUUCGCGGUGUGCAACGCGACCAAUGCACUUUUCUUCUGGCUCGUGCUCCCUGAGACCAAGCGCGUACCUCUCGAACAGAUGAGCACCGUGGUCUUUGCCCCCGACGCCCCUUGGAUCGUGCUUGGAAAGCGAUCUAAGGCAUUCCGGGCCGCCGCCGAGGCCGCCGCCGUCGAUGUGAAGGAGGUCGAGUUGAAGAAGGGUGAGAUUUAA